UUCUUUUAUUUUACAAUAAUUCUCAUCAAAAACCCAACUCAAACUCAAACUCAAACUCAAACUCCUAAGUUCAAUCUAUUGAUUUCAUUCUCCCAAAGUAAAAAACCUCACACAAGUAUGAAAUAAACCAAAGCUUGCUCCUUUUGGUUCUUGCCCAAAAACCUCACAUAUGGUGUGAUUAAAUUUAAGUGAUCAUGUAAUAGAAAGGAAAAAAGAAAAAUAGGGUCAAAAAUAAAUAUUGGAGAAGAAAAAUGAGCGUUUCGUUGACUGUAAUGACCUUCAAUCUUCAUGAGGAUCAGCCACCUGAAAGCCCCAAUUCAUGGGAUAAGAGAAAGGAGUUGUGUUUAAGAGUGAUCACUAGUUAUUACCCAAUGAUUCUUUGCACCCAACAAGGAGUGAAGUCUCAGUUGGAUUAUCUUCAACAAGGCUUACCAGGUUAUGAUCAAUUCGGAGUAUCUAGAAAAGGACCGGAGGACACUUCAGAUGAAUACUGCACGAUCUUCUAUGACAAAGAAAGGGUGGAGUUUCUAGAAGGUGGAACAUUUUGGUUAUCUGAAUCACCCUCUGUCCCUGGAAGCAUGUCAUGGGGAUCAACAGUUCCAUGCAUUGCAACGUGGGCGACAUUUCAACUGAAAGGAGUUGAGCCACCCGGGUUUUCAUUCGAGAUAGUAAAUACAAACAUGGAUGAAUUUAGUCCACGUGCUCGUAGACGAAGUGCUUUACUCACCUGGCAGCACAUUGCUUCCUUGCCUCCUAGCUUGCCAGUUGUGUAUUGUGGAGGAUUUAACACACAAAAGGAGUCAACUACUGGACGGUUCCUGCUCGGGAGGUCAAGAGAGCAUGGUGUAGUUGGAGAUUUGAGAGAUGCAUGGCCGAACGCACGGGUGAGGAAAAAUCUUUCUCUUAUUCGCACUUAUCAUGGGUUUAAAGGUGACAAGCAAGGAGCAGUUGAAUUUCUCAAGUUGAUUUUCAGAGCCCUCUGCCUUUGCUGGGAUCGUCAAACUCAAGAUCUGCACAUAGAUUGGAUUCUUUUCAGAGGUAGAUCUCUGAUUCCCGUUUCAUGCGAAGUAGUCAAUGAUAACUCCGAAGGUUCUUAUCCCUCCUCUCAUUUUCCUUUGUUUGCUGAAUUUAUGCUUCCUCGUACCGUGAGAAUGCUCGAACCACCCACACAAGAGGAAAACUGAAAAUCCAAUUGUUUUGGAGCCGAGCUCCUAAGGCCAAUUGCUCAUCCUUUCAUCUCUAUGAGUAUUAUUUAUUUAGGUUGUUAGUUUAAAAGCAGUCAUUUUUUGAGGUUAUAUAUAUAAAUAUAUAUAUAUUUAUAUUAUAUAUUAUGAUCUUUAUUCUUCAAGUGGUGUUGAUGCUAUUUAGUAAAGAUUAUGGAUGUAGUUGCAUUUUAAGUGGUUGUAUAUCUAUGUCACUAUGGGCUGUGAAUCUUAUUUGGAGGAAAUUUUUUAUUCACAUUUAUGAAAUUGCACUUUUACUCUUCAAUAA